UCAACAUAGCAUGACUCUCACCUCCAGUUAUUCUUACUACCUAGAUCUGACAAACUAUUAUAUUAUAUAAGUACCAAGCUAAAAUAAGAACGUAUCACCGAACUUCUGCUAUAUUUGAUUCAUCAAAUGACAGUUGGCUUUGCCUUCCUGACAUUUCCACAGGAAAUUUAGACCAUGGAUGUCAACAACUUUUCCACUGAGAGUGUGAGAAGUGACUUCAGUUUCACUCAGUGUUAUCCCACCACUGAAGACCCAGAUAUUUCUAGUUAUGGACCAUGCAAGUAUGAGAGACAUGGAGCUCUGUUCCUGCCUGUCUUUUAUUCCCUGCUCUUCGUGGUCGGGGUGACCGGCAAUGGCCUCGUCAUGUGGGUCAUCCUGAUGUCUGUGAACCUGCUGAGCAUCGUUGACAUUUGCCUCCUGAACCUGGCUGUGGCGGAUCUUCUGCUGCUCAUCACCCUUCCCUUCCUGGCCCAUUACUCAAGAGCGGACUGGGUCUUUGGGUCUGGCAUGUGCAAAGUCGUCAUGGGCAGCUACUACAUCGGCUUCAACAGCAGCAUCUUUUUCGUCGUGAUCAUGAGCAUCGACCGGUACCUGGCUGUAGUUCAUGCUGUGAAGUCCCUCAGAACCAUGUCACGCAAAUAUCGAGUCAUCAUGAUCGUCAUAACCUGGGUCAUAGGACUUUUGGCUUCAUUUCCUGAAUUAACGCUCAUUGGCGUUCAUCCAAACCAUAACAGAACUUUGUGUCAAGUAAGUUAUAAGCGUGAACCAAUCCUGAGAGUAUUUGGCCUAUUUAAGAUGAAUGUUACCAGCCUUCUGAUUCCAUUUUUCAUCAUGGUCUUUUGCUACUCGAUGAUCCUCAGGAGAAUACUCCUCUGCAAGUCAACAAACAGGAAGACCGUCCGCCUCGUGCUUCUGUUGGUUGUGGUGUUUUUCUGCUGCUGGACCCCCUACAAUGUUGCAUCAUUCUUUCAGGCAUUAGAAGUACUCGGUAUCUACACAGCAUGUGAAUCCAGCAAGGCCAUUCAGUUGAGCCUGCAGGUGACGGAGGCUGUAGCCUACUCCCACACCUGCUUAAACCCCAUCAUUUACUUCUUUGUGGGGGAGAAGUUCAGGAGGCAGCUGUUUAAACUCAUGAACAGGAUGUCCCGCAUGAAGAAUAGCUUCAUGAUUUCCACUGCCUCAUCACAGCAGUCCCAGACAAGUAGAACUACAAGUAGUAAACUUUAAAUAAAAAUGUCACUUUUGUUUAAAUAUCAUAUCCCUGCUACAUUUUAGACAUAUAUGUAGAAUUUUUUUGAUCUUUUAACGUAUGUUCUAUCUUCAGUAUAAACCUGUUCCAUUUUACUUGAAUAGUAAGAAAUCAUCUUCUUUAUAAUGGAAAUCGUAUUUUACUUCUUUUAUUCCCUCUCCAAACAUUUUCUGAAUGCCCGUGAAAUUGCUCUUUAAUAAAUAAAACACUGAUUUCUACUCAUUUUGCAAGCUCUGUGUCUGAAUUGGUCCUUUCUACGAAGACCUUUAAUAGCACAGUCCUCCUAGAACUUUUUGAAACCAAGACUGGAGUUUGUGGAUAACUGUCAUUGACGUUUUUACAGCUAGAGGUUUGUUUUGUAUCCUUCUCCCAGAUUAUUGGCAUCUUUUGUAUUGUAUUGCUUGCAAUAAGCUAUGAUUGUAUGGUAAGCAACAAAUGUUUUUAUUAUCUAUUUCUAUGAAUAUGGAUUUUCAAAUCUUUGAUAAGCUAACAAAAAUAUGAAUAUAUUGGGGAUUAUAUUAGUAAAAUAUUCAAGCUAAAGGCAUCAGCCUGUUCUUUAUUUUUUCUCAUAACGAACUCUGAACCACCACUACCACGGAACUGGGGCAAAGUGAUAAGAGGGUCUCGUAAAGUCUACAGUCAUUCAUUUUCCACAAGACAUGGUCCCUACGCAGGAUGUGACAUAAUCACUCUCCGCCAAUAUAAGCUGCCAGGCACAUAUGACAACAUCAGCAGUGAAUGACAUCCCAAUAGUGGCUGGAGGAUCAGAUGUGGAUUGUAGAAGCAGGGGGGAUGUUAAAGGGCUAAACAUGAGUAGCAUCCACUGGUGAUGCUGCUGAUAGACUUUUCCAUGUCAAGGGCAAGAAAGCAGAGACCUGCUGCCCUUCAGUUUGACGUGUAAGGCAGUCGAGAGGUCAUCCAAGACCUGCCAUGGAUCCACGACAUGCUCAUAUGAGAAGUUCCUUUUCUUUAUCAACAAGUAAUCCAUCACUAGUGACAGCAGCCAUGUUUGGAUUACUAUUGACACUGAAAUCUGUUUCUUACAAGGGUGUGUCCCUUGCAUGAGAUGGGCAUGUGUGUGUUGUAAGUCUGAGCACUCAGAUGUUAUCAGAGACAUGUUUG